AUGAAUCCCAGCGCGCCCAGUUACCCCAUGGCCUCCUUAUACGUGGGGGACCUGCAUGCAGACGUGACAGAAGCCAUGCUGUAUGAGAAGUUCAGCCCAGCCGGUCCGAUCCUCUCCAUCAGGGUGUGCAGAGACAUGAUCACUCGCCGCUCCCUCGGAUAUGCCUACGUCAACUUUCAGCAGCCUGCGGACGCUGAGCGAGCCCUGGACACAAUGAACUUUGAUGUAAUCAAAGGGAGGCCUCUUCGAAUAAUGUGGUCUCAGCGCGAUCCAUCACUUAGGAAAACCUUUGGAAACAUCCUGUCCUGUAAGGUAGUUUGUGAUGAAAAUGGUUCAAAAGGCUACGGCUUUGUUCACUUUGAGACCCAUGAGGCUGCUGAGCGUGCUAUUGAGAAAAUGAAUGGCAUGUUGCUCAAUGACCGAAAAGUGUUUGUUGGUCGGUUUAAAUCUCGAAAGGAAAGGGAAGCUGAACUAGGUGCCCGUGCCAGAGAAUUUACAAAUGUUUACAUCAAGAACUUCGGAGAAGACAUGACCGAUGACAAGCUGAAGGAUCUCUUUGGUAAAUUUGGUCCUGCUCUGAGUAUACGUGUUAUGACAGAUGAAAAUGGCAAGUCUAAAGGAUUUGGCUUUGUCAGCUUUGAAAGGCACGAAGAUGCUCAAAAGGCAGUGGAUGACAUGAAUGGUUCAGAGCUGAAUGGCAGACAAGUUUAUGUGGGACGAGCACAGAAGAAGGGAGAACGUCAGAACGAACUGAAACGCAAAUUUGAGCAGAUGAAACAAGAUCGCAUGACCAGAUAUCAGGGUGUUAACUUGUAUGUCAAAAACCUGGAUGAUGGGCUUGAUGAUGAGCGUCUGCGAAAAGAAUUUUCUCCUUUUGGGACCAUUACUAGUGCAAAGGUGAUGAUGGAAGGUGGUAGGAGCAAGGGGUUUGGAUUUGUGUGCUUCUCUUCCCCAGAGGAAGCCACUAAAGCUGUCACAGAGAUGAACGGACGUAUUGUAGCCACUAAGCCACUUUAUGUCGCUCUGGCUCAGAGAAAGGAGGAGCGCCAGGCACAUCUCACAAACCAGUACAUGCAGAGGAUGGCGACUGUCCGUGCUGUGCCCAACCCUGUGCUCAACCCAUACCAGGCUGCCCCUCCCUCAGGGUACUUCAUGGCUGCUAUUCCUCAGGCUCAGAACCGUGCUGCGUACUAUUCUGCCAACCAGCUGGCUCAGCUGCGGCCAAGCCCACGCUGGGCGACACAAGGAGUGCGUCCUCAGCAUUUUCAGAACAUGCCCGGUGCAAUGCGCCCGUCUGCUCCUAGACCUCAGACAUUCAAUACUAUCCGUCCAACUGCAACCACCAACGCACAAGUCCCACGCAUGAUGGCCGCCCAGCGCAUGCCCACUCAGCCAAUGAGUCAGCGACCUGCCGGUGCUUCUGCCACUGCAGCCCCUGUGCGCACCAUCCCUCAGUACAAGUACGCUGCUGGAGUGCGCAACCCACAGCAACACAUUGCCUCCCAGCCCCCGGUCGCCAUGCAACAGCCUGCUGUGCAUGUCCAAGGACAAGAGCCAUUAACUGCCUCCAUGCUCGCUGCUGCCCCACCUCAGGAGCAGAAGCAGAUGCUGGGUGAGCGCCUGUUCCCCCUGAUUCAGAACAUGCACCCCAGCCUGGCCGGCAAGAUCACUGGUAUGCUGCUGGAGAUUGACAACUCUGAGCUUCUUCAUAUGCUUGAGUCUCCAGAGUCUCUGCGCUCAAAGGUGGAUGAGGCGCUGGAGUUCCCAGUGUCUAAGACUGAAUUUUGA